UUUAGUAGAGCCAGUUCGCUUCUACGCGCGUCCAAAUGGCUACCAUAAUAAUCAGCGGUCAAGCGCCAGGUGCCAAGCCGACCUUUGUAGCCACAAGCGCUCCACAGCCGCAGCUCACCUACAUCGAUGUAAUCGAAGAUCCCCGAACCCAGCGCGGUUACAACCGUUGGACAAAUGGACACAAUGCCCACUCUGCAACCGUUGGAUUCCUACUUUUCACCUAUGGCGGCAUGGAUAUGGCCCAGGGUCUGAUAUGGAAUUUGGACACCGGAAUUUCGUCUACUCCUGAGAUGAACUACUGUUGGUUCAUUGGUGUUAUAAUAGGAGCCUUUGUCGCGGCUUUUGCAGUGACUCAUGUACCAAAGAAAUAUUUCUAUCUACUGGGAGGAGUCAUGAUGUUCAUCGAUGCGGUCAUCUUUGUCAGUGCUCCAUACAAGUAUAACCCCAUAAGAGCGGCUCGCUAUGUGGGCGGAGUGGGCAUGGGACUGAUCACAAUGGCCUUCAUCAUACACAACUCGGAGGUAACUCUGGGCAAUUCGCGUGGCAAGUGGUGCGGCUUGGAGCAGUUCGGCUUGUCCCUGGGCAUACUCAUUCAGGUGCUGAUGGACUCGCAAUGGAAUUUUGCGUCCAGUAUUAACAUCAAUACGGCGCAUGGAAUCAUUGGCAUUAUCUUUACUGUCUUGGCCACCGGCACCGUGGCUAUGUCUGUUGAGUCUCCGAUCUUCUAUCUUCGCAGUAAUAACGAAGAUGCGGCGCGCACCUGUCAAACUCAGCUGCUGGGCACCAAUGUGCCAACGGAAAUAUAUGAGGCAAUCUUUGCCGAGGCAAAGGGCUACGUCAUGGAAAGCAACAGCCGAAGCUUUGGUGAACAGUUCGCGGCAUCUGGAAUGCCCUUCAUAAAAAUGCUCUUCAGUCGCUGCCUUGUGGCGUUUUCCUUCUCGUAUCCGCUCAGCGCUGCCAUGUUGAACAGCACUGCGGUCUGGAAGGACACCAUGUACAGCUGGCCCUUGAUUUUGUGGCCCAUUUUGCGCUUCAUUGGAGUACUCAUCGCAAUUGGCAUUGUGGAUAAGCUCGGCCGCAAGUUCAUUUCGCUGGUGGGACUCCUGUGCAUGGCAGCUCUUAUGCUCGCUCUGGCUGGCAUCUUUACACAUGAUCCACAAAUGUCAAACACUUAUUAUAUGGCGGAAGUAUCUCGUGUCUCCUUGGCGUUCCAGAUCUUUGCAGGCAUAUUUGUCAUCAGCACUCCAUCCUACUUGGGCGAGGCUUUCCCCAUGAAGGUGAAGCCUUUCCUAAUUGGCUUUGUUGUGUGUCUGGAGCAGGUGAUUCACAUCAUUGUGAUCGUCACAUUCGGAAAGACCUAUAACUGCUACUUCCAAUACUUUGUCGGCGUGGGUGUUAUAUUGGUAGUGAGUCUGAUCAUAUUUGCCGUCUUGAUGCCCGAAACUCGAGGCAUGUCCCUCCGACAGGCCACCGAUCGUUUCUGUCGCUACUUUGACGUGAUGUCCUACUAAGAAGCAGCUUCCAUUCAGG